UAAAUAAAUUGGAAAAUUUCUUUGUCUUUUAAUACAUUCAACAAUUAGUUUAUGAGCGAGAGAUUUCUAUCACGCUUACAAAUGGAAAGCGAAUAAUCUUGUUGUUUUAGUAUGAAUCUAUUAGUCGUACAAAACUUCGUGUAAAUAGUCUGCAGAGUAAUUUCGAAACCAACCGCACACCGCUGAGCCACUCACUAUUCACAGCAGAAUAGAUAGCGAUUAGCGUAGCUAAUCAGAGAACGGCAUUCAUAAUAGGAGGCCAGUAGAUAUAUUGAUACAAAAACAAAUAUUACACAGCUCUUGAAUAAAUCCCUCAAGCCGCUUAAUAAAUUCGACGUCAAUAUACGAUGCAAUAAACUAACAUUGGACAUGUUCUAUGUAAAUCAAUUGACAUCUUCCUUGAAAAGUUUCGGCAUCAAUUUCCCCGCUUGCAUGUAAUUAAACGCUUGCCAAUAAGCUGGACUUAGCUGGUUGGGACUCGUCGUGAAAAAAAGAAUAUAUCCGACGAAAAAUCGUUUUGUUUAAUGGGCGCUUUUUUUGCUGGAUCCGGCGAGCCUAAGAGAGCAGAUGGAUGGUGUCAAGAAAAAUACUUGCGGGAGACAGCAACUGUAUUUUGCAUUGUUGAUAGCCACUUUUAUCCUUAUCACUUAUUCAGGCUUCACUCUUACCAGAAAUGCCAGUGAGGGGAAACCUCUCGAUUACCGUGUCACAAACAGAACUGUUCCACAUGAAAGCCACCAGACUACAGAAGAGCCUCCUGCUAAAAAAAUUACUACUAAAAAGCCAACUCCCAAAAAGGCUACUAGCAGCUCUUGUUUAAAGAACGCGUUUAAGGAAGUCUUGCUCGUUGUUGUCUACAAUUAUCCCUUCUACGACAGUGUACCUCAUCUGGUUGCCCUGUAUAAACCUGCCUUCCCUCAUCUGUUAUUCUGUGGUCCGCCUGACGAUACAGAGCGCUCAGACAUCCUCAACGUCGACAUCAUCAGAGGCUUUCUGGGAUACGAGUGUCUUGGUCGAGCCAUACGGAAAUAUCCAGGAUAUAAGGGUUAUUUCUACAUCAGCGAUGACGUAUUGCUUAAAUAUUGGAACUUCCCGAAUUUUGACCGUGGCAAGAUUUGGGAAUCCUCAUCCAUCCGGUCUAACCCUGUUAACGAAUCCCCAAGCACUGAAUGGUACUGGUGGGCGAGUCGGUACGGCUUGGAAAAUUGUCGAAGAGCUCUUGGGGAUGUGGCAAAUAUUACCGUCAAGAAGACGAAACUAAACGGAAAAUAUCUUUUAAACACUCUUCUGAAAAACAGCGGUGGAAUACUAAGAUGCUUCGGUAGUCGCUCAGACGUUUUAUACAUUCCUCAAAAGCACGCCAACGCGUUUUCAAUUCUGUCAAACACGUUUUAUAAACAAAAGGUAUUCCUAGAAAUUGCUGUACCGACCAUCAGUCGCCUCUUAGAACUAAGCGAGAACAUCACUCGUCUCCCUGGUUACUACAUUCCAGGCAAGAGAGGCGACCCCCGAGUGAGUGACAGCAGGUUUUUCUGGUAUCUUUAUUUUCCGCAUAAAGAGUACUCCUUUAUUCAUCCAUUUAAACUUCAUCGAGAGGAAUUAGAUAGCAAGUUUAACUUGGUCAUGUUGAAGUUUAUUUUUAUAGAAAAAAUCAAACAGCUAACGAAAUGCAUGCCAACUCUCCUGUAAGCCCGCACUUAGAAAAUUUUGUAGGAAAAGAAGGUCACCAGGGCUUUAACGCUAUUAACACUGGGGAUGGAGGGGGCUGGCAAGGGCGGGGAGGGAGGGUUGAGGCCGUUACCAUAUGGAAACAAUUUGGUAUCGCUUGUGACGGGUUGAGGAACUUGAUGUGCCAAUCAAGUUUCCGUAUUUUGGCAGGCAUGAUUUUCAAACUUAAAUUUGCCUGUGUUUUGCAGUGACCUUACUUCUUACAGAAGUUAGCUUUCUUUACAAACUGUGACUAUGUCCAAUGUUCCAAUCAAGCUUCCGUAUUCUGGCAGGCAUGAUUUUCAAAUUUAAAUUUUCCUGCAUUUUGCAGUGACUUUACUUCCUAGAUAAAGUUAGCUUUCUUUACUAUUUGUGACUAUGUUUGAGCCUUAGGGUUACGUUGAAUUUAAUAUGGCCGAUCCAAGAAGGCGGCUGUUCAGAAAUAAUGCUUCCAUUUGUGCUUCAUGUGACGUCAUCAUUUUAAGUAAAGAACCUCAAAGAAAAUAAAUAAUAAUAUUAAUCAUUCAAGUUCCAUCGCCAUAGCUUAAAUACUCUAACAAUUGCAGGGGAGGGACUCCAAAAGCACGCCUACUGCGCGUCCCCUCCCCUCAUGGUCAUAGAAGAUCGAAACAGGCGCGGUCUGAAUAGGGUUAACCGCUAACGAUUUCUACUCCUUUCCUGGAUGAGAUAUUAAUCCAUCCUACGGUUACCCCCAGCACUUAAUUCGCCGGUAUCCAUUUAUACAGCUGGGUGGAGAGAGAGGCACUUUGGGAGUAGAGUGUCUUGCCCAAGACCACCACACAAUGUCAUCGGCCAGGGCUCGAGCCCGGACCGCUCGAUCACUCGAGCGUUCGAUCCCGAGUCGACCGCAUUAACCAUGAGGCUACCGAGCCUCUCAAGAAUUAAUGCAAGAGCUAAAUUUAUUUCUAUGAAUCCUCUGCUGUCGAUUGAUUUUGUCUGUAAUCUUAUACGCUUAUCUAUGACAAAAUUCUCGAGUUUGAUUGGCUCUCCAAGCGCGCACUUAUCACAUAAUUGGCGCACCUUCACGUAGCAAAGAGUCCAAACACAUCUAUCUAACAACAACCGUAAUUGGGCACUACCCCCUUUGCGGUAAUUAUCUUGUUAUUUGCAGAACUUAUGCGGAAUAUAUUACGUAACUGAAGUUUUUAACCUCGAAAUUUGUUAGAGAUAAAUUAGCAGCAAUCGGACCUCGGUUUGCCCAAUUCAAAGAGUAGUCGUGCUGGUAAUUUUGAGGGGACACAGUCAGCUGGCGCACAUGCGCAUUAGGUACCAUUUCAUAGCUAAUUUGCAUAUCACAGAGGCGC